GCAGAAGCAGAACCAUAUGGCUCUCCUCUGCAGCUGUAUCUAUAAACCAGAUGAUUCCAGAUUCCUAAUUGACAAUUCACCACCCAUAGCUCCUUCUAAUCUCUCCUCUGAGAAUCUAACACCAACAAGAGUAAAGUUUCGAUUUUUAUUUGCUCGUUUCCCUCAAUGUCGAUCCGUUUGAGCUCAACCCUCUUUGCUGCUUCAAUCAGUUUCAAAAACCCGAAGAGCUCUUACAGUGAUCGAUCUCGGAGCUGCAGAUUCUCCGUCAGAAGUUGCGUGUCAGAUUCUCCCAAUGCGAACAAGCUAGUUUUGGAAGUAAAAGAACGCCUUGCAAAAGACUGCACUAGUCUCCCCAUUGGCAAAAACGGACGAGAUGAUGAGGAAAUGAUCCUUUGGUUUUUGAAAGACAGGAGAUUCUCUGUUGAUGAAGCCAUUGGAAAGCUAACUAAAGCUAUUAAAUGGCGUCAUGAGUUCAAGGUAAACGAACUAUCUGAAGAUUCAGUCAAAGCAGCUGCUGAGACAGGAAAAGCAUAUGUCCAUGGGUUUCUAGAUGUUAAAGGUCGACCAGUAGUUAUUGUAGCUCCUGCAAAACACAUCCCAGGGCUGCUUGAUCCAAUAGAAGAUGAAAAGCUGUGUGUGUUUUUACUUGAAAAGGCUUUGAGUAAACUACCAGCAGGACAACACAAGAUACUUGGGAUCUUUGAUCUCCGUGGCUUCGGUUCUCAGAACGCAGAUCUUAAGUUCUUGACCUUCCUGUUUGAUGUGUUUUACUAUUAUUAUCCAAGCCGUUUGGAUGAAGUCCUGUUUGUAGAUGCUCCAUUCAUUUUCCAGCCUAUUUGGCAAUUCACCAAACCGGUGGUUAAGUCAUAUGCCUCUCUGGUGAAGUUUUGUUCGGUAGAGACUGUGAGAAAGGAGUACUUCACUGAGGAAACAAUACCAUCAAACUUCAGAAGCUAAAGAUCUUUUAAAACACUAGUAUCUUCUGUUGUUGUAUCACCAAACAUGCCUAUGUAAUUGUGUAUAGAUUUAUAAAACUAUGGAUUAAAGGGAAACAUUAAAAGAACUCAUUGUAAAACC